UCCUCUUCAUCCCCCUUCUUCAAUACCUCAUCAUCAUCACCAUCUCUCUUUUAUUUCAUUUCCCUUCAAGCUAGAUUGUACAACUUCUUUUCUUUUCAAUAUUAAGCUUAUAUUAUAGACCACUGUUACAUUUUCCUGGCUGAAACAAAACAGCAUGUGUAGUUCUAAGGCUAAAGUCACCACUAGCAUUGAAGCCACACCGGCUGUUGCUAAAAUUAAUGGCAGACCGGUGCUUCAACCCACCUGCAACCGUGUUCCUAGCCUAGAACGCCGUAAUUCAUUGAAGAAAUUAUCAACAAAGGCAAAAUCAUCUCCUUCUCCUCCUCCACCCCCACCACCAUUGCCAACUUUUGUUUCUAAGGCUUGUCUCACUCCUCCUAUUUCUCCCAAGUCAAAGUCACCUAGGCCACCAGCCAUCAAGCGAGCUGGUAGUGAUCACAACAAUGGAUUGAAUUCGAGCUCAGAAAAAGUUGUUACUCCUAGAAACACCGUCAAGACUUUAGAGAGAAAAAAGUCUAAAAGUUUUAAGGAAGGUGGUCAUGCUGUUGUCAAUAAUAAUGUGGAGGCAUCCUUGAGUUAUUCUUCUUCCUUGAUUGUUGAGUCACCAGGAAGCAUUGCUGCUGUGAGGAGGGAACAAAUGGCGCUUCAACAUGCCCAACGUAAGAUGAGAAUUGCUCAUUAUGGAAGAUCAAAGUCUGCCAAAUUUGAAGCCAAAAUUGUUCCCAGUGAUAAUUCUGCUAGCACCACCGCAACAAAAGCUACCGAGGAAGAGAAGAGAUGCAGCUUUAUUACACCAAAUUCAGAUCCCAUCUAUGUCGCUUACCAUGAUGAAGAAUGGGGAGUUCCAGUCCAUGAUGAUAAUAUGUUGUUUGAAUUGCUUGUGCUGAGUGGUGCUCAGGUUGGCUCCGAUUGGACUUCAAUCCUGAAGAAGCGACAAGAUUUCAGGGAUGCAUUUUCAGGCUUUGAUGCAGAAACUGUGGCCAACUUGACUGACAAGCAAAUGAUGUCAAUUAGUACACAAUAUGGCAUUGAUUUGAGCCGGGUUAGAGGGGUUGUCGACAAUGCUAUGCGAAUUCUUGAGAUCAGAAAGGAGUUCGGAUCAUUAGAGAAAUACAUAUGGGGAUUUGUUAACCACAAGGCGAUCAACACACAGUACAAAUUUGGGCACAAAAUUCCAGUGAAGACAUCAAAAUCAGAAAACAUAAGCAAGGACAUGGUUAGGAGAGGACUGAGGUUCGUGGGUCCAACAGUGGUCCAUUCAUUCAUGCAAGCCAGCGGCCUAACCAACGACCACUUAAUCACCUGCCACAGGCACCUCCCUUGCACCUUACUAGCCGCCUGCCGCCGCCCCAACCACUGAUCAUCAUCAACUAUAGACUCAUCUGAUAUAUUUAUGUUCUAACUAUAUAUGUAUUACUUCGACUGGAUUGUGUAAAAUAUGGGAUAUACAGGGAAACUUAUAGGGGGGUUUGUGACUUUUAAUGAGUUUGAUUUGAUAGUGUGAGUGUUUUGAAAAUAGGAAAAAGAAAAGAAAAAGAAGAGCAUGUGGAAAUGGGAGGCAAAUGCAUGUGUGGGGUGUCAGUUGCUUUAAAAAUUCCAUGUGAGAAUCGAUCACAGUUGAAUUAUUUGAUCAGUUUGCUUUCCUUUAACAGGCUGUGCGUGUUGUUAUAGGAGGAGCGUCCGUCUGUGUAGACCCACCAGCUAUCCACAUUUCUGCCUUAGCUAUCUAUAGUUGAUUUUGGGGUUGAGUUGUAUUGUAUUUGCUGCUAACUUACCAUCUGGCUUUUGGGUGAAUAAUAUUAUCGGAAAAAACCCAGUAAGAUGAAUGUAUCUUGGAUUUGGUGUGGAUUUUUUGAAUGAUUAUGAAUCAUGUUUGAAAUA